CCUUUCCCAACACGUAUCGUCACUGGUCUCGAAAUGUUUAUUAUAGAGUAUGCACCGAUACCUUUGUGAAGCGAGUGUUCCUUCUGAAGCCUUGAAGCAUUACAUGAAUCUUUGCCUUUUGGGAGAUGCCUUAAUAAACUGUCUUAUGUGAAGGACUGAGCGCUUAUCAUAUCAUAUACUUCCUGUAAACGUGAAAAGCUUACAUGAAUGGCUCUCGGUCUGUUCUGAAGCCUUGAAACACUACAUAAAUCACUGGCCUUCGGAAAGCGUCGUCUGUUGUGAAGUAUUAAGUGCCAGUCCUCUCUGAAAACCUCAAAAGCAAACGUGAAUCGCUGUCCGUAUAUUCUGAAGCCUUGAGAUAUUACAUAAAUCACUGACUUCCGGGAGGUGCAUUCGUACAUUGUCUUGUGUGAAGGAAUGAGCUCUUAUCCUCACGUGCGCCCUCUGAAAACCUCCAAAGCUACCUUCAAAAGCUGGCGGUGUAUUCUGGGGAUGAAAACAUUGAAGGCGCACUCAUACAAGGUGAAGAAUUAAGCACACAUCCUCACACGCCAAGAUGAAUGGUUCGCUGUGUACUCUGGGGAUGGGUGCAGCUCACGUAAAGGUGUUCUCUUUCCAGAAUAACCUUGAGUCUUCAUAAUUAAUAAGCCCCGGCUGGGAGAUUUUCAGCUGCCCCACUGCCCUUUACACUCCCGCCGCCAACCACUCUGUUGUGAGCACCGUGGACGUGGGCACUGCUGCCAGCGUAGGUGUGGCUGUUGCUUCCUGACUAAACUAAAGUGCUUUUCUGAAACACGACAUAGUAAACACCUAAGAAAACCUGAACACAUCGAAGGCAAACGAAAGAAAAUUAAGUUGACGGGAAAUUUUGCGGCAUGUGGAAGCUUUAAAUGCCGUGAAUGAUCCCUGGCCAGUGCGCAGCGCUGUGUUUACAUCCCCACGCCACCAUGCGAUCUCACCUCUUCGUUCCCCUGGUCAACCCCUUCGUACCCAAAACCCACGGAGUGUACGUUGUCCUCCAGGAACCACAACCGAGAGUCCGUGACAUCUCCGCAGGGCGCUCAAGGACUAAGAAGUGAGGAUUCUGCUGCAAGGCGAGGGAGAGGCAUGCAGUUAGCUGAAUCCUAAGAGCAGAGUGAAAAGAGCGAUAAAAGACCGCAACAGAAGCUACAUCGUGGCGGACACGAAGGAUGAAGACAGUCAGUUAGAUGACAGCUAGCUGUUCACUACAUCAUUCCGACUGCAACUGCCAAGGGAGGUGUUCCACGCGCCCUUCACCACCCGGUUCUGCACGGCCUGGACGGGGCUCCUCUGCCCGCUCUGCCUCGCCUGCCUCUUCUGCUUCAGGAGGGACAAGGACUCACUCAAGGUCUCCCUCAAAACCAUCGCACAGAACUUCAGGGACCGCGGCAUCACUUUCAGUUCGAGAGCAGCUGCUGGACAUGACGGAGAAGAAAUCCCACGUGUACCUCGGUGGAGUCCAGACCAUGCACUACAGAACAUUCGAAGACAAGAUAGGACUUCCAGGAAUGCUGGGCACUGUAGUAGGGGAUGUGAAACCCUUCUGUGGGAGGCAGGAGGGAUGUGUGACAGUGUUUGGGAGGCAGGAGGGAUGUGUGACAGUGUUUGGGAGGCAGGAGGGAUGUGUGACAGUGUUUGGGAGGCAGGAGGGAUGUGUGACAGUAUUUGGGAGGCAGGAGGGAUGUGUGGCACUGUUUGGGAGGCAGGAGGGAUGUGUGGCAGUGUUUGGGAGGCAGGAGGGAUAUGUGACAGCUUUUGGGAGGCAGGAGGGAUGUGUGGCAGUGUUUGGGAGGCAGGAGGGAUGUGUGGCAGUGUUUGGGAGGCAGGAGGGAUGUGUGACAGUGUUUGGGAGGCAGGAGGGAUGUGUGACAGUGUUUGGGAGGUAGGAGGGAUGUGUGACAGUGUUUGGGAGGCAGGAGGGAUGUGUGACAGUGUUUGGGAGGCAGGAGGGAUGUGUGACAGUGUUUGGGAGGCAGGAGGGAUGUGUGACAGCAUUUGGAAUGUGCAGGCUGGGUGUCGAAAGCUAUGGGUUAGAGAGUUUGACCUCCACUGAAGUGUAAGGAUGUUGGAACUUGUUAGGGAAAGGAUGAGAAGAUAAUAAGAGAAUAAGAGCAGGCAAGGAUGGAGUGAUGGAGUCUGUGACGGAAGGGAUAAGAGGUGAAUGAGAGAAUUUGAACAUGUAAGGAUGGAAACAAAUGAAGGAUGGAGUGAUGGAGUGUGUGAGGGAGAGGAUAGGAAGGGAAUAAGAAGACUUAAACAUGCAAGGAUGGAAAUAAAUGAAGGAUGGAGUAUGUGAAGGAGACAAGAUGAGAGAAAGAAAAUUAAAACAUUCAAGGUGGAAACAGAUAGAGGAUGGAGUGAUGGAGUGUGUGAGGAAGAGGAAGAGAACAAGGGAAGAAUCAGAGGGUUGGAGCAUGGAUGGAGGAAAUACAAGGACAGGAAUAAACAGAUGGAUAAAUAAAUAGGGAAAGUAAAGGAGGCCUGGAAAAUAUGAAACUGUUGAGGAAAUGUAGAAGAGCUGGAAAGUACUUGAUAGAAUAAUGACAUUACAAAAAAAUAUUAGUGACGUGACAGAUCUGGUGAUAUAAAAGAAGUUGAAAAUGAAUGAAAAUAUUGAUGAUGCUAUUGUUGAUGAUGUUUUGAUUGUAAUGCAGCACAAUCUGCCACCAGGAAAGCCUUCAGGUUGUUGAGAAAUGAGCCAAGAAUCUUCAGGGAGACCGAAUCAAACAGUAUGGUCAACGCUAACACCUAUAGAUAGGUUAGUAGUAGUAGUAGUAGUAGUAGUAGUAGUAGUAGUAGUAGUAGUAGUACCAGAAGUAGCAGUUAUUAUAAGUAGUAGUAGUAGUAGUAGUAGUAGUAGCAGUAGUAGUAGUAGUAGUAGUAGUAGUAAUAGUAGUAGUAGUAGUAGUAGUAGUAGUAGUAGCAACAGAAGUAGCAGUAGUAGUAGUAGUUGCUGCUGCUGCUGCUGCUGCUGCUGCUGCUGCUGCUGUUGUUUACUGACAAAAAACACACGUAAAACAAAAAGUUACAAUCUCAUUUUUUGUCCAACUUGAAUAGAAAUAAAAAUAAAGUUUUGUAGCGGCCUCGCUGCACAAGACUUUCUUCUUUCUCUCACCCCUAUUCUGUCCACCUCUCUAACGCAAGAGUUAACCAGUAUUCUCAAUCAUUCAUCCCUUUCUCUGGUAAACUCUGGAACUCCCUGCCUUCUUCUGUAUUUCCACCUUUCUAUGACUUGAAUUCCUUCAAGAGGGAGGUUUCAAGACACUUAUCCACCAAUUUUUGACCACUGCUUUGACCCUUUUAUGGGACUGGCAUUUCAGUGGGCAUUUUUUUUUAUUAGAUUUUUGUUGCCCUUGGCCAGUAUCCUUCCUUCAUAAAAAAAAAAAAAAAAAAAAAAAAAGAUGUGUAAUAGGCAUAAAACACACACACACACACAGGGAGCAUUCAUAACUUUAAAGAUGAAUAUGAAAAAUUAACUUUAAAAAGAUGGAACAUAUUGUGUGCCUAUCUGGGCCAGUACAUGGCAAUCAUUUCUCUCAAAGCUAAUUAUAAUUCAGAAUGAAAUUUUUCGGAGUAUUUAUUUCAUGAAAAAAAAAAAAAAAAAAAAUUCACUCGACAGCCAACAUUUAUUUUUCAUUAAAUAUUCUUAAUUUUCACUCUAUUCAUAAUUGUUUUAUCUUACUAAUGAUUUACAAAAGAAUAGUUCAAAACACUGUUUUUAAGUUCAUAGAAAGUACUCAGCAUACUGGAAGUAUUAAUAUAGAUUUAGUUUGCCCAACAUUCUGAAGUUAAUUAUUUAAAAAAAAAUUUUAUUAGUUUUGUUCCAAGAACAUUUAACACCUUAUCUCUGGAUACAAAAAAAAAAAAAAGAUGAAAGAAGGGAAACUAUAUAAAUACAAAAAAAAAGUAAAAAAAUCUAUUAUCUUUACAAAAUACAUAAUAUCAAUUGUAACUCAGUCUUUUUCUUUAUUUAUUGCUGUAGAUAUUGUCACUAAUUACUAUUACUAAUGUGUUAUAUCAAAAGAAAAGUAUAAUUUUGUAAGUUAUUA